CUUUAAAAUUGCAACUCCACAUCAUUCAAUUAAUAUUGUGAUUCGCAGCAAUAAGGUUGUAAAUCUAAAUUCUCUUGACCUUCUUGACAUCAUAUCUGUACAUAUCUUGAGUUGGAGAAAGGUAUCGAAUCUGCAACAUCAACUACUUUCACUUCCGUUUUUAAAUACAACAACGUCAACAUCCAUCAAAGGACUCUGCUAUUACAAAUGGGGGAUAUCGUUGUUUCCAUCGUAGCAAAGUUAGCAGAAUAUACAGUGGACCCAAUUUUACACCAUGCUCGAUACUUGUGUUGUUUCAACAACAUUGCUGGGAAUCUUCCAAAUGCCAAGGAAGAAUUGGAAUUAACCCGAAACAGUGUGAAGGAACGAGUUGAAGAAGCUAUUAUGAGGACUGAAAAAAUUGAACCAGCAGUUGAGAAGUGGCUGAAAGAUGUUGAGAAAGUCUUAGAAGAAGUGCAUAUGCUUCAAGGAAGAAUUUCGGAAGUAAGCAAGAGCUAUUUCAGAAGGCAAUUCCAAUAUUUUCUUACCAAAAAAAUAGCAAGAAAAAUUGAGAAAAUGGCUCAACUCAACCACAACAGCAAGUUUGAGCCAUUUUCUAAGAUUCCCGAACUUCCAGGCAUGAAGUACUAUUCAUCCAAAGAUUUUGUUCUUUUCAAAUCAAGAGAAUCAGCUUUUAAGAAGCUUUUGGAAGCAUUAAAGGAUAAAAGUGUUUCCAUGAUUGGACUAGUUGGACUAGGAGGCUCAGGAAAAACUACUUUGGCGAAAGAGGUUGGUAAGAAAGCUGAGGAGUUAAAACUUUUUGAGAAGGUUGUGAUGACAACAGUCUCUCAGACUCCAAAUAUUCGAAGCAUCCAAGUGCAAAUUGCUGAUAAGUUGGGUUUGAAAUUUGUGGAAGAAUCAGAGGAAGCUAGAGCACAAAGACUAUCAGAGAGAUUAAGGACAGGCACAACUCUACUAAUCUUGGAUGAUUUAUGGGAAAAGCUAGAAUUUGAGGCUAUAGGUAUUCCAUCCAAUGAAAACAACAAGGGCUGUGGAGUGAUUUUAACCACUCGGAGUAGAGAAGUAUGCAUUUCCUUGCAAUGCCAAACAAUAAUUGAGCUUAAUCUCUUAGCUGGCGAUGAAGCUUGGGAUUUGUUCAAAUUGAAUGCAAACAUAACUGAUGACUCACCAUAUGCAUCGAAAGGCGUUGCAACAAAAAUUGUAGAUGAGUGCCGAGGAUUGCCUAUUGCAAUUGUGACGGUGGGAAGCACACUGAAGGGCAAAACUGUUAAAGAGUGGGAAUUAGCAUUGUCAAGACUAAAAGAUUCAGAACCACUAGAUAUUCCAAAAGGCUUAAGAAGUCCUUAUGGCUGUCUUGGAUUGAGUUAUGAUAAUUUGACCAAUGAAUUAGCCAAGUCCUUGUUCUUGUUGUGUUCUAUAUUUCCAGAGGAUCAUGAAAUUGAUUUGGAAGAUUUAUUUCGAUUUGGAAAGGGAAUGGGCCUACCUGGGACUUUUGGAACAAUGGAGAAAGCAAGGAGGGAGAUGCAGAUAGCUGUUAGCAUCCUCAUUGAUUGUUAUUUGUUGUUGGAGGCCAGUAAAAAAGAAAGGGUGAAAAUGCAUGACAUGGUUCGUGAUGUAGCCUUGUGGAUAGCAUCUAAAACUGGUCAAGCAAUUUUGGCAAGUACUGGAAUGGAUCCAAGAAUGUUGAUAGAGGAUGAAUCCAUAAAAGAUAAGAGGGCAAUAUCCUUAUGGGAUUUGAAAAAUGGCCAGCUUCUUGAUAAUGAUCAAUUGAAUUGUCCAUCACUUGAAAUUCUCUUGUUUCAUUCUCCCAAGGUUGCCUUUGUAGUAUCAAAUGCUUGUUUUGAAAGGCUAAAAAUGAUUAAAAUCCUGGCAUUCUUAACAUCUAGCUAUACGUGGAGUUUAUAUACGACAUCUUGCACCUUGUCACUGCCACAAUCAAUGAAGUCAUUACAAAAUCUUCAUACUCUGUGCUUGAGAGGUUAUAAAUUAGGUGACAUCUCCAUUUUGGAAAGCCUACAAGCACUUGAGGUUCUUGACUUGCGUUGUUCUUCUUUUAUUGAAUUGCCUAAUGGAAUCGCGUCAUUAAAGAAAUUGAAGCUUCUGGAUUUGUUCUGUUGUUCCAUUCAGGAAAAUAAUGCUUAUGAGGUUAUAGGAAGAUGUUUGCAGCUGAAUGAAUUGUAUUUGUAUAUACUCUCGUAUGCAAAUGAGGAAUUUCCGCAUAAUAUCUCUUUCCCAAGAUUAGAGAGGUAUGUUUUAAUUUAUAAAAUGGGCCCCUUUUACAUGGACCCCUUUUACUUGGCGAUGGAAAUAAUGGACCCCUUUUACUUGGGGAUGGAAAUAAUGGACCCCUUUUACUUGGGGAUGGAAAUAAUGGACCCCUUUUACUUGGGGAUGGAAAUAAUGGAAGAACAUAGACCAUGUAGAGCGUUAUGCACACGUGCUUUUAAUGCGUCAGUUCAAAGUUUUAUAUCAUUACCAAUCAAGGAUUUCUUUCAAAAAGCAGAGUAUCUUCAAUUGGAGAACCUUAAGGGAGGUUACGAAAAUGUAAUCCCAUCCAUGGUUCCACAAGGCAUGAAUCACUUGACUUUCCUAUUCCUCGAAGAUUGUCCAGAGAUAAAAUGCGUCUUUGAUAGUACCAAUGUUGAUCUGCUGCAAACUGAAGAUGCCUUCUCCAGCCUAGUCAUUUUAUGCUUGUCUGAAUUGGAUAACCUUGAAGAAGUGUUUAAUGACCCCUCUUCCAGAUGUUCUCUCAAAAGUUUAGAAGAGCUAACCAUAAAGAGGUGUAGACAAUUGUACAAUAUUUCCUUUCCCAAGAACUCAAAGCUAUGCCAUCUCAAGUUCUUGACAAUAGAUAAUUGCCCGAUGCUAACUUGUAUCUUCAAGCCAUCCAUUGUCCAAACUCUAGAGCUGCUAGAACAAGUAACAAUAAUUGACUGCUAUGAAUUGAAGCAGAUAAUAGAAGAAGUGGAAGAAGGGAGUGUUGAUUAUGUUAGCAGUCAAAGUCAUACCUCUUUGAUGCUUCCAAAAUUAAGGACACUUACUAUUCUUCGAUGUCACAGCUUGGAAUAUAUAUUCCCUAUGUGUUAUGUUCACGGGCUAGCAAGUUUGGAAGAACUGGAAAUUGAAGAAUGUAAUGAGUUGAAGUAUGUAUUUGGCAGUGAAAAGGAACAUGAUCUUAGAGUGUACCAGCACCAGAGUCAUCCUCAGACUAAUAUUCACAUCAAUUUGGGAGCUCUAUGGUUGUUUCGGUUGCCGAAUUUGGUUGAGAUUUGGCCUAAAUAUUUUGAUCCACAUUUACCAAAUUUGAAAGAGCUACGAUGCAUUGAUUGUCCAAGACUGCCUGACUCUUGGGUGCGUAGGGUGAUGAUUAUUGAUUCAGAUCUGCAACAAGACUCAACUGCAACGGAGAAGGAAUUAUUAUGCUUGGUUACCACCACAUUCAACCAAUUAUCCGAUCAAGUGCUUUCCUCUAAACUUGGACAUGUACUCAAAUUUAGAAAACUUGGAUUGACUGGUCUUGGAGUAAAAGGUCUUUUCCAAUUCCAAAUCAGAGAACAUGGGAGCAACACAGAACUUGCUCCUUUAAACUUGGAUCUAACUCAUGCUGACUUGUGGGAUCUACCUGAGCUCGAGUUCAUAUGGAAGGGCCCCUCAAAUUUUCUAAGCCUCCAGAUGCUUGACAGGAUUCAUGUGGAUGGAUGUCCAAAAUUGAAAGCCAUCUUCUCCCCUACCAUUGUUAGAAGCUUACCAAUGCUGACAAGCCUGUAUAUAACUGAUUGUGAGGAAUUGGAGCAAAUAUUUGAUUCAGGUGAUGCACAAACCCUAUAUACUUGUUCACAACAAGUGUGCUUCCCAAAUCUCGAGGAUAUUUGGGUCAAAAAGUGCAACAAGUUGAAAUACCUUUUUCAUAAUUUUGUGGCUGGUCACUUUCACAAUCUGAUCGCGUUGGAUAUAGAAGACUGCUCUCAGUUACAGAAGGUUUUUGCUUUUGAAUGUGAAACUGAUGACGAUGAUCAAGAAGGGAUUGUUAUGGAUGGAGAAAAAGUACUACUACGUAAGCUGCUACGUAUAAGACUCAGCAGUUUGCCAAACUUCAAAGAGAUUCACCAUGGAUUCAAGUUAAAAGAUGAUGUUGAAGAACAUAUCAUAAAUGAUUGUCCUAAAUAUUCUCCAAGUUUAUAUCUACACACAGAAGAGUAAAGAAUGAGCAUAGAGCAAGGCGUAGGAGUGUAUGAGUAUGCGGAAGAGAAAGAUGAAGACUAAAGACUCCAUUCUGUUGCCUUACUGACUUGGUGUUCUUUACUCCAUUGUGAUGAGUUAAUUUGUACUUUUUAAAUUAACUUCAUUGGAGGAUUAAUUCCUUGCUUGCUUUUUAUUGUUUAUUUUAUUAUAUGGUGAGCUUCUUUCUAGACUUGUUUUAGUUUGUAGAGUUGGAUUUCAGUGGUGGUUUGUUA